GUAUACUAUAUUGUAUUGUUUCAUUCUGAUGAUAGCUUUCACACCAAACUCCUUAAAAUUUGCUACAAAAAAAAGGGUUCUUUCCACGUUUGCAUCUAUCCCAAUAGGGCUUUAAAUAGACCCUUAAAGUCUUCAUUCAAAACAUUGCAUGUAGAGUUAGCUGUUGCUGAUAAUCUUGUUUUUUUUGUUCACCCUCUCUCACUCACUCUGUGGUGCCCUUUUCUGUGUUUGUGUCCUAAUUGUUGUUCCAAGCCAUGAUGUUUGGUUCUGUGUUGGAGUUCAUCACUCAAGCUGCUUCCAGCUCAGCAUUCAUCUUCUGCUUCUGCAAUUUGAUCAUAGUCAUAAUUCUGGUGGACUUGAAGCCUAGCCUCAGCAUUCAUCAACAAAGUGAAAUUCAUCUUUUGAAGGGUGCAAAUGAUCAGAAAAAAGGAGCUAAUAAUAACUCUAAGCCAGUGGUGGAGAAAGAUACAACACCAAUGCCACAAGCAGUGGAAGUGGAAGAAGUGUCACAUGAUCAUGAAGCAGGAACAGUUGAGAACAUUGAAAUUGAAGGCAAUGAUGAUUGCAGCAAUGAAGAUGAAGAAAAAGUGGAACAGGAAAAGGAUGAUGACAGAAUAAGUGAAAAAGAUGACAGCAAUGAUGAACUGAGGAAAAGAGUGGAAGAAUUCAUUCAGAAAGUUAACAAAGGGUGGAAGGAAGAGUUGUUGAGCACAUAACUUCUGAGUUAAGCCUUAACAUUGGGUUAUUGCUAGAAACUUUUGAGUCUUGUGGUGAAUUUUGUUGUGUUGUAUGUAUCAUUCAAGAAAAUAACAUAGAAAUAGUUGUUUA